AUGACUGGGAUAUUUCAAAGGGAUCUGGAAUUAUUUGAUGCCCUUGCAAACUGUUUGCCCCUUCUCGAUAUCUUUCCACUCAAGUUGUCAACUCAGAUAAUAGCCCCCAAUGGCAAGAUUGACGAGAUCCAUGUAAUCGGAUGGUUCAUCCGGACGUCAGGAACAAGAGACCAAGAGACCAAGAGACCAAGAGACCAAGAGACCAAGAGACCAAGAGACCAAGAGACCAACAAAUUUCCCAUUCCCGACGAUUCGACCACCCUUAUUAACAUUGCAACAUGGCCUCCUCCCUCCAUAGCUACCUACCUAGUACCUACUAGGUAUUCACUUGGAGCACCUUUCCGCCCGGAUCUCUUCCUUUCUCACACUCCCUACCAAACGUUUCAUUAA